GGUGCUGCAAAAAAAUCCAGCGGUAAGAAGCUUGUGCAGGCACGGCUGCCGUUUAAAAUAAUUUCAUCCGCUACUACGCCGUCUGCGGGAUGCUCUGCAGCUUCCAAGGAGACAGAAACGGUGGCAAAGGAUGCUAGAAAACGCAGGUUGUCGUUUGAUUAUGAAGAAAAGUCUGAAUCGGCACAAGAUGAAUCUGAUGCGUUACGUGGUCGAUCGGCUAGUAAAGAAAACUUAACCAGCGCAAAGAAAAAGAAAAUAGAUGAUGAUAACGAUGUUGUAUUAUUGGAUGAUGAUGAUAUCUUGGAAGACGAAGAUGAAAAUAAGGCAAAAGAAAAGGGGGAUGAUCAAGAAUUAAUCAUAAAAAAGCAGGACAAAAACUUGGCUGUAGCUUCACCGAAUACCAUUAAAUCAAAGCCAUUAAAAAAAAAGAACGCAUCAAAUUCGCCACAUACACCCAAACCGAAAGAGAUCAAAGGUAAAGAGACCGGUACUCCAAAAAGUAUUAACGUGAAAAAGUCUAACACACCUGGAAGUGCGAAAAAUAAAUCUAGCGGGAGUAAAGCAAGUGGAAGCGCACCAAAAGUGCAAAUAAAAUUGCCACUUGGCAGUGGAAAGGCUAACAAGCGUAGGAAAUCGAAGAUGCCUGUAGAGUGCGUUGACGCAGAACUCGUUAUAUCCAGUGAUGAAAAUGAGUCCAAUUCAGUAAAACGACCAAAGGUAGAAGGCAAUUCUAAAGAGCUCGAACUCGUUGAAAAGGCUGAAGGGGUAAUCGAUUUGGAUUCCAAUAAAGUGUGCACUACCACUGUCGAAGAAGUAAGCAAUUCAGGAUCGGAAGUGAAUUCCAAUGUUUUACUACUAGAAAUUGGCGGAAUCGAAACUGAUGUUCUUGACUCAGAAUUAGACAGCAGAUGUAGUUCUACUACGAUUGCUUCAAAAGGGGGCACAACAGAUCAUGUAGUUCAAUCUCAAGAUGGAGAUAAUGUUGCCAAUAAACCUGAAGAAUCUAAUUCUUCGAAACCUGCGUCUGUACAAUCUAGCAAAGACAAAGUCCAGAGCCAUGAUUCAAAUAGUUCUACAAUAAAAAGUGAUAUGGAUGUAAUUUCGGGUUCCGCAACUAAGAUUGAACAUACGACAACAAAGGGAAAACAAUCAGUAGAAAAGAUCACAUCGUCAACGGAAGAUAUCCAGGCAAAAGUUACCGAUAAAGAAUCCGCAGAUAUCUCUGUUGUUAUCGCGAGUUCUUCAGAUUCUGAAAAUUCGUCUACGGUCAAUGAGGAAUCAAAAUCGUAUGCUGAGGAAAGCGCUCAUAAAGUUCGAGGCACCCCAAAAAUAACUAAGGAAGAUUCAAAUACGGCGCUGAAGAAGAACCUAACGCCUAAGCAAAUUAAAUUAAUGGAACAACGGCGCAAAGCGCGUGAAGAAAAAGAGCGCCGGUUGCAAGAAGAAAGAUCGCAAAAACAGCGCGAGAAAGAAGCCAAAGAGUUGGCAAAAAAACGAGAACGAGAAGAACGUGAGGAGCAGCGACGCAAAGAACGGGAAGAAAGGGAUGAUCAAAAGCGCAAAGAACGCGAAGAACGUGACGAACAGAAACGUAAAGAGCGAGAGGAGAAGGAAAGGAAGCGUCUGGCAGAGCAGGAGGCCAAAAACGAAGAAAAGCGUAAGCGGAAUGAAGCAAAGGAAGAAGAGUUACGUAAAAAAGAAGAGGAGCGUAAACGCAAGGAAGGCGCAGAUUUGAAAGCCAAAAAGGAGGCGGAAGCUUUUCAAAAGUUCUUCAAAACAAAAUGCAUAUCAAAUGGAGAUGGUGAUGCAGGCCAGCAGCAGGCGUAUCAGGAUGAUGGUUGUGAUCCUGAAACACUCGCCUUUCGUCCAUUUGAAGUGAAAGGUGAUAUGAAGUUGGCACCUGUACGUCGCAAACAAUUAUCCCCAGAGCGAAAGCAGCAACUAGACUCAUGCGUUGAUGCGUGCAUGGACAGCUUGACCAAAAGCCAAGAUUUGUACCUAGCGGAAUUGAAAAAUGGCAAAGUAAACCCUGGUAGAUGGAGACGCAUAUCAGUAGAUACGAAAGCAUCUGAUGACGACAUUCAAAUCAUAGAUGAUGAUCUUGAUCGUGCAGGAUUGGCAAUUGUUGAGGAAACACACGCUCCCAUUGAACACUUUCGGGCCAAAUUUUAUAAAUUCCAUGAGAAUCGUAGACCACCCUAUUACGGUACUUGGAGGAAAAGAACGAGCGUUAUAAAGCCAAGGCGCCCAUUUGUACAGGAUACGAAACAUUUUGACUAUGAAGUCGACUCUGACCUUGAGUGGGAAGAAGAAGAGCCUGGCGAAUCCUUAGAUGGCAGUGAUGACGAAAAGGAGAAAGAGUCGGAGGACGAAGACUAUGAGGUUGAUAAUGAAUGGUUUGUUCCACAUGGCCAUCUCAGCGAAGAAGAGUUGCAAAAUGAAGAUGAGGUUCUCGAUGCAAAUACACGUGAGGCACAAAAGGCUAAACUGCGAGUGCUGCAACAAGAAUUUGCACAAGAGAUGAAAAAGAAAACGGAAAAAAUCAAGCCACGCCUUAUUGGCUGUAUUUGGAUAGAUGAAAACGGCAAUCAACCCGCGUUGUGUCCGAAAAUUAUCUGGGAUACCUUAAACAUCCGUGCAAUGUUAUGCGAACGUCCACCACUACUGGAAGAUCCUGAAGUACCCGAAAAGAGUGAACUUGGUUCUCCAACAUCCAACGGAAACGAGAAAACGGUUGAAAAGGUGAAACCCAUCAAAUUAACCGAUCGAAUGCUGAAGGACUUAGUGUGCCUAGUACACGGCAAUCAACAUUCCAAAAACUUCCUAAUAAAAGAAUUUAUAGCGUUCUUGGAAGCCAAUGAGGAAUCUAUAAAGAACGGAGAAGUUCGGGGACCCAUCAAAUCGAUAGUACGAGAAAAAAUUGACGAUUUUGCAGAAUGGACAAUUACAGAUUCGGUAAAGGUUUUACAAAAUAAUAAGAAGAAAAAUAAAAAACGUUUGUGCUGGGUUGUAUCUGCCGAUGUAUUAAAAAAGAUGGAUUUGGAAAAUCUGGGUUUACGUAACACUUGGAAGUACACAUUGCAACCAAGAGUCGGAACGGAUGAAAGUACACGGGCUGAGAUUGAAGUUGAAAAAGAAGCAACUGCAAAAGAAACGACAGAAGUAGUUGGUAAUGAGGAAAAGGAAGGAGAGAUCGAAGUAGAGUCCAAAACAAAAAAAGGAAAAAAUAAAUCGGUCGGCCAUCCUAAAAAGGAGAAAAAGACAACAAUAGAUUUAAAAACAACUUCUGAUGAAAGCAAACCAAUAGCGGAAAUAACAACAACAACAACUCCUUCACCAGCAGAAGCAACGACAAAGGUUAAAAAGCGGGUGCCUCUUCUAAUGUCUGUGGCGCGUGGACAACAAAUAUCACAGCCAACAAAAAAUGCUCUCAUCAGCGAAUUUCUACAGAAGUCCUCUGCGGAAAAAGAAGCGAGUUCUAGUAAGAAUGCCAGCGCUGCUUCAAACCCCGUUUCUAAAGGAGUCGUCGAAGUGAUCGAACUCGACUAAUCUACUUGUAGUGUUUAAUUUAGUUUUAUUUUUUAUCGUAGUACUCUCAUACAUCAACUAUCCCCUUAGUUUACCACAUUCUACUUGCAUACGAAAACAAUAUACAUAUUCAAACGCGCGAAUAGUUGGUGUGGUCAAUGCAUUUAGUUAAGUAUUUAAUAUCCAACUGCAGACAUGGACAGAAUAUAUCCAAGCAAAUGUUCUCAAUCAAAUACUUACCCCGGAAAAUAUUUCAAGACUAGUUGUUGUAACAGCAUACUGAUUCCCCGAAGAACAUUUGUGAAAAGAUGCUGAAAAGUGACAGUCCUUGGCCAGAUAUGAAUCUGGGUCGUUCCGUUUACGUAGACCCGACUGUCGUAGGAACGAGGUUUCGGGAAUGAAGCUGAACUGACAGUCCUCGGACAGAUAUGAAUCUGGGCCGCUCAGGUUACGUAGACCCGACUGUCGAGGGACGAUCUGUUUAAAUUGGUUAGUUUACUAAAUUACUAUAAACUAUUGUUAGUUCCAUAUAUUCUUAUAUAGACAUGGUCAGAAAGAGUUAAAAGUUGUAUUUCGUUUAUGCGUUAAUGUAAAAUACAUAUACUUACUUAUAUGAUUAACGAGUUAAUAAGAAAUUAAAUUU